AUGACAAAGAUCGUAAACGUCAGCGUCUUUCUUCGGUUAGUGAUACCAGUAGUUGAAGUGGCUGGGAUAGAACUGUUUCUCCGGUUCACCGAUCAUAAAAAAAAAAAGAAAUAUGUUGAUGAAGAUCAUAAGCGAAAAAAUAAUAAUGAUUCACCUCGACAAUCAAAACAAAAGCAAAUGUUGGAUGAGCCCAGAGCUGGCACUAUUUACGACGGUCUUGUUAUUAGUAUAAUGCAAUGGGGUUGCUUUGUCCGAUCAGAAAAGUUUCGAAAUCGUACAGAAGAUAUAACAAUUUAUUUUCACCGUUUAGGAAAACAAAUUAUUGACGUAGCAAAAACUGUUCGACCGAAUCUUCACCUUCAACCGAUUCCUCGUCCACCUUCCGAUAUAUCUAGCUAUUUUUCACAAAAAGACAGAACACCUAAAGAUCUUCAAUCACAUUUAGUAUACAUGAUAGCGUGUUCAAAUUGUGAUGACAAAUGUUGUAAUAAGCAUCAAAAGGUCAAAAUAAAAGUUCUUGCAUAUACCAAAACAAAAAUGAAUUUAUCAAUGAAAGAUGUUGAUAGAAAAAUCAGUAAAGAUUUGAAUGAAGAAAUGACAAGAAAAUUGCGUGAGAUGCUCGCAGCAAAUUGUAUUGAUAAAACUCAACUACCAUACUAUGAUGCGACAAUGACUAUUAUGGAGGAGCGAGGAAGUUUACCGAUAUAUCGUCUGAAAGAACAGCUGCUAAAAGCUGUCCAGGAUAAUCAAGUUUUAAUUGUUAUUGGUGAAACUGGCUCGGGAAAAACAACCCAGAUAACUCAAUAUUUGGCUGAAGUUGGUUAUACAAGUAGUGGAAAAAUAGCCUGUACACAACCACGUCGUGUUGCUGCCAUGUCUGUCGCGAAACGUGUUGCCAAAGACUAUGGCUGUCGACUUGAACAAGAAGUUGGCUACACUAUUCGCUUUGAAGACUAUACAUCACCUGAAACAAAAAUUAAGUACACGACGGAUGGUAUGAUACUGAGAGAAUAUUUAAUUGAUCCAGAUAUGAACCAAUAUUCAAUUGUCAUGUUGGAUGAAACACAGGAACGUACAAUACAUACAGACGUGCUAUUCGGUCUUAUGAAGCAGGCUGUUCAAAAACGUGGUGAAUUAAAAUUAAUUGUUACAUCCGCUACAUCAGAUUCAGUGAAAUUCUCCGAAGAUUUUUCCAAAGCACCAAUAUUUACAAUACCUGGUCGAACAUUUCCUGUUCAAGUACCUUAUACAAACGAACCGGAAACAGAUUAUUUGGAUGCUUCUUUGACUACAGUCAUGCAAAGGUGGUUUCAACGUCACUUGAUGGAAUCUCAAAAUAAAUUACGUUAA